AAUCUGGCAUGGGGAGAUAGAAGGGAAAAGAAUAGAGUGAAUGAAUGAUUAGGAAAGAGGGAAGAAAUGUACAAAACGAAGAUUCAAGAGCUGUGUCAGAGAAGGUCAUGGCGCAUACCGGAAUACGAAACCACCAGAGAAGGCCCAGAUCACAACCCUCGCUUCACUUCCACCGUCAUCGUUAACGCCAUCCCCUUCCGUUCCCCUACCGCCGCACGCACCGCCAAACAAGCACAAAACGACGCCGCCAUGCAAGCCUUCCUCCAUUUCGUAUCUCCGUCACCGUCACCGUCACCGUCACCGUUAUCGCCAUGCUCUUUUCCCCAACACUCUCUCUCUAUCUCUGGUUUCUCUUCUUUUCCUCAACCUUCUCUUUGCGAAUCAUCUCCUGGUUCAUCUGGUCCCAGCUUUGAUGUUGAUAACAUACUUCGGACAAACAGAGUGUUGCAACCAAGAUUAGAAGAAGGGUGCCAAACUUCUCCAAUCAAUAGCCCUGUAACUGUGGUUAGAGAUACAAUGACAGCGAAAGAUCAUAAAAAUAUGUCACAUUUGUACAAGAACCAGCUGCAAAGCUAUGCUCAGAAGAGAAAUCUAAAUCUUCCUGUGUAUUCUUCUGAGUGGGAGGGUCCUCCUCAUGCCAUGCGUUUCAAGUGCAGAGUCACUGUUGAUGGACAGACAUAUGAGAGUGAUAAGUUCUAUUCUUCAUUGAAGCAUGCUGAGCAUGCAGCAGCUGAAGUUGCUUUAUUGUUUUUAUCACCGGAUGGAGUUCAAGAGGAUCGUACUGGGUUGUACAAAAAUCUUUUACAAGAAUUGGUUCAAAAGGAAGGAUUUGGUUUACCUAUUUAUAGUUCAAGUAAAUAUGGUGAAGCUCAUAUGCCAAUAUUUGUGUCACAAGUGGAGGUGGAAGGGGAGCUUUUUACUGGGCAAGAAGCUAAAUCCAAGAAGCAAGCAGAGAUGAGUGCAGCCAAGGCUGCUUAUAUGGCUUUGAAAGAGCGCAAAGGCAAGUUAGAUCAGAGCUCUUAUUUUCCUUUUCCAACUCAUGAAGGACAAGCUCCUGAGUUCUCAUCUGACCACUCAGAGUCAAAGGCUGCAGCUGAUCUGCCGCACAAUACUAAUCCAAAUUCACUUGUAAGCCUUGGAUUUGUCACCGAGAAUCAACAAAACAAAGAUAGACCUAAGGAAGGAUUUUCUUCAUAUGGAAAUGCAACUGGAUGCACGGAGGGUUCUUCCUUGUCAAAUGACAAGUCUGCACCUUUUCUUUCAGACAGCACCAAAGUGGUUUCUGACACAGGCAAUGGUGCAUCUUCAACUGCGGUGGACUCCACAUCGCAAAGAAAAAAGGUUGUUGUUUACUCACGCAAGACAAACAUGGAAAUUGAAGAUGGUGGUACUUUAAUGCCGAUUAGUGAUGACAAGUGGGUUGCUUACAAAUAUUCUCAUUAAGAUAAUUGGUGUUGCAGGCUCGCCUGUGUCCUGUGUCCUGUUUUGCAUCUCUAUCAAAUGGGCUAAUGUAGAAGGAUCUGGUUCCUCUAAAAUACAAGGUACGCCCUAAAUGAUAAAGGACGGAACAAUAACCAUUGACUAAAAAAUCAACUGAUGAUAGUUUAGUAACUUUUCUCUGCUGAGAUUAUGUUGGAGAACAUUUAAGAAUAUAAACAUGUUGAUAACUAAGGGAAUUUCUUUGUGUUCAAUGACAACAAAUGUAAAAUGACAAAUUAUCUUACAUUCUUUUCAAAAAGGGAUACUCAGCAAAAGUGUACACUUCCUAGUUUGACACUUCCUAGUUUGAUUUCCGCACGGCUAAGCACAAGCAGCUAAAUCCAUUUCCUCAGCAAGACUAUUUUCUCCUUUGGUUUUGGGUGCAUUGAAAAGUCAAUUUAUAAACUAAUUCUGAUGGAAACUCGGAUUGGUGAAUUAAAUUGUUAUAAUAUGUGAAAAAGAUCAUUUAGUAUCUUGAUUUUU